ACCAGUGGGUGUACACAAUUGUCUUGCUCUCGGCUCAAAGAGCGCUCCCUCCAUUCAGGGCCGGACAUGCCACUGUUUCAAUCAAAUGAACGAGGAAGGUGUUGAUCAUGAGUGCGCCGGUUGAGCAAAUAAACAACUCAGCCUGCCCGACCGUGGCUGGCUCGCCGGCUGGCUGGAGGCAGGGAGGCAGCGAGAGAGCGCGUGGACGAGAUGAAGGAAGAAAGUUGCCAAGCGAGGAGGUGGAAGAGGUGGAGGAGGAGGAGGAGGAGGAGGGGGGAGUCCUGUGCAGCGGUAAAAGGUAAAAGGAGAAAAGUUCGUUCUGCGCAUUAAAACAGACAGCUCUGCUGUGCUCUGCGUGCUCGACCUUUAUAUCUAUCUUGCGUCUCACAGCAGCCUCAGAUCCACAACCGCAGGCAGGCAGGGCUCAUAAAGCGAAGAGUUACUGUGGCCAUCGUGGUAACUGUAUGCUUGCCUCGUUCCAUUGGUCUACGAUCCGCGGAGCUUGUAGCUGCCUACGUUUGUAGAUUGUCAACAGCGGAAUGAAAUGAGCUGGAGAUUCUUACUUCCUUUGACACUUCUCCUCAUCCGCCUCCUUGCUCCCCUUUUCAGAGCGCUCCGUAAAUUCACUGUUCGAACAGUAACUACGAUUGCUGCAAGACAACGAGUGCAGGACCGAGUGUUCCCUGCGACGAGUGAACUCGUACAGUUCGAUUCUACGAUGUCAUUAUCUUUUCUCUUUCUCGACUCUGCCUCUUCAGAACGAUUCAAUAAAGUUGUUGCAAAGUGUGACUGGAGGGCCCCAUCGACACCAUAUUGGCCUCAGCACUGUUUCUCUCGGUGCUGCUCCUGCUCCUGUUCGGGGCUCGUAUCGUACCUUAACCCGCCACCAAGGGUGUAUGUUUAGGACCUCCCCAGUACGGUAAUCUACUCCAUGCACGACUUCCUACUUUGACGAUGAUUUCUCGGACGGUCUUGUCUCAAAGAUUUCUCUUGACUACAAACCGCCCACUGCAAGAGCAGCGAGCCCCAUCACCAAUGCAUAUAUGUUAUGUAGCCAAUAAAUCUGAGUGCC